CACGUACUCGGCACGUUUUAAUUUGGAAGCAUUAAAAGUAAUAAAAUAAACUCAUAUUUUCAUCGAAUUAAUACUUUUUUGUCUCGAAUUGACUUCAUACAUUCCGCUAAUUCCUAUAAAAGUACAUAACUUUCUUGUCGAAUUAUUUCUCAAAACGUGAUCAAGCAAAAACUCCAAAAAUGAAGAGCUGGAGCGACGAAAUGAAUGAAAUGCUCGCUGAAUUUGAUAACCAAGCAAAAUAUUCUCUGGCCAAUAUCAAAAUUGCACUCAAACGAAAUGGCCUAUCGUUGAAUGCCGAAUUCAAGCAAUAUUUCCUGAAGGCUUCUAAUAAAAGAAUCGAAGAAACGUAUGACCAGUUCGAAAUGAAUUCGAUGUUCGAAGAUCAAGCCAACGAUGGUAUGGAUGCGACCACGUCUACAACCGAUCAAUCCCUGUUGGUUCCACUUCAUUCCAAUGGAAUUAACGACAGUGACCAUGACGGUGACCAUAACGAUGAUAUCGAUGAUGACCAUGGCAUUAAAUACGUUGACGACGUUGGAUUUGUUUUGCCACCGGAUCCAGAGGAAACCGCCCACGAUGAAGAAGAUGAGGGAGCUGCUGUAAUGCCAUCAGUAUCGGAACCUACCCGUCAAAAAGAUCAUGACAUACCACCAGUAGUUGAAAUUCAUGACGAUGGAAGCUACACGGAAUUGGGUCGCGCAAUGAAAGUCGAAGGAAUGGAUGUCGACGAUCACAUUCCGUUGAUGGUUGUCGAAGUGAAUGCAUUGAAUGGGCGCACAUCCACUGUUACAUCCACUGUUACAUCCACUGUAACAUCCACGGUCACACCAAACAAUGCAUUAAACGUCAUGGAUGGUGCCAAAGGUAAAAAAAAGCGAGGAAGAGGAAUUGGAGAGUCAAAACGAAAUGCUGCAUCGGGCUCAAAAGUAACUCGAAACAAAAAAACAAGUUCGUCAACUCAACUGAAUUUAAGAAAACGAUUCAAAUGCCAACAUUGCCAAUAUUCGUGCAAUAGCCAAUUGGUACUUAAACAUCACAUGCAUACUCACACCGAUUAGAAUCGAAUGGAUGACGAUUGAAGUGAUGUGAACAAUGGUCGACAAUGCCAGAUCUAAAGCAUGGGCUCAUUGCUAUGUCUAUUUUAUUUUUAAUCGAAUUUUAAGUCACUUUAAUUCGCAUCCAUUUGAUUUCACUGACUC